AUGUAAGAAAUAGAGGCAAAAAAGUAAUUAAAAGCAAGUGAAGGGGCACAUUUUUUUUAUACUUUAAUAUUCCUAUCAGCAUCAGGAAUUAUUGAGACUUAAUUUAUUGAAUAAAAAUGCAAUUAAAAUCUUCAGUUAUUUGUACAUUUAGUUUUCUAUGGAUUAAUCAUCUGGGGAACUUAUAUACUUAUUACUUUAAUCCCAAGGUAAUAUAUUUAGAUGAAAAUAGAUAUAAAAAUGCUGCAAUUAAUCUAUUUUUUAAUUUCUUGGAUAUUUGUUUUGGCAUUUAUAUUAUUUUGCUAUUAAUUUAUGGAGGAAGAAUGUAUUAAACACCUAAUGAUUGCCAAAUCGAAGCUCCAGUAUUGUUUUUCUUCUUAGAAAUCUUUUUACUGGUAUUUAGUUUUAGGAAAUAUAUUAGGUUAAUGGUAUCAUUUAUGCAAUUUUGUUCUUAGCAUUUAUUUCAUAUAUUCUUAAGAGAUUUUCUAAAUCUUAAUAAGUUUAUGAUGAAAACAAAGAUGAAUUUUAUGAUGCUUGAUAUUAUUUUUAUUAUAUAAAUGAAUAAUACGAUCUAAAAUAUAAGAAGACCUGUAACUUCUUAAAAUUGUAGAUCCAUAGAAAAGUUAGAUAAAAAAAAUAGUGAUAAACUACCGAAUUUAAGUGAGGUUAUGAAUUUGAAAUUGAAAUAAAAAAGUGAAAAGGAUAUAUAGGAACUUAUAACAAAUUUAGUGAAAAAGGUUUAAUAAUAGAAUUCUGAAUUAGCUUUAAAGGAAAAAUAGAUUUAGCAAUAUGAAUUUAUGAUAAAGUCACUUUAGAUUGCAAUAGAAAAACGAGAUUGUAUAAUCAGUGCUUUAAGGGUUGAAAAAUAGUAAAUUGUUGAAGUUGUUAAUCCACUAAAAACAAUUGUUAAAUCAGAUGAUUCUUCAGUAUAAUAGAGUUUUAGAGGCAAAAAGUCUUUAAGAACCAGAACCAAAGAUACUAAUUUUGAUGAAAAUCUAUCUGCAAUUUUAGAUUCUGAUUAUGGUACAUUGUAUUGUCUAGAUUUAAAGCUUUGUUAAGCUAAUAUGUCAAAUGUUAUGAAGAACUUAGUCAUUUGACUUAAAUAAAAACUCUAGUUUCAAAUGAAGAAUAAUUUCUUGUAAAUAUCUAAAAAAUGGAACUUAGUAAUAUUGUGAAUAUAUUUGAUGCUAUUUAAUUAGUAUUACAUGAACAUAAAUUGUUAUUUAAAAAUGUAAUUAAGUAAAAUAAACUAUUUGAAUCUUGUUUAGAAAUGCAUGAUGUAAAUUUAUAUAAAAUAAAUUAGCAAAUUCCAUUAAAUGAUUAAUUAGAAAAUUUGUAAUCUUUAUUAAAAGAUUGUUUGAAUUGUGAUAAAGUUUAAAUUUAUGUAUUGGACAAUGAAUAAUAGGAAUUGUGGACUAAGAUGAAAGAUAGAGUUCAAAGAAUUCAAUUAAGUGAAGAUAUUAUUGGAGCUUGUUUUUAAGAGAAAGGAAUUAUUAAUGUACAUAAUGCUUACAAUGAUCCUAGAUUCAAAAAAGAUAAUGAAAAAGGAUAUAAAACAAAUACAAUUCUAUUAUGUCCAAUUUUAGAUAAAUAAUAGAAUUCAAUUGGAGUUAUAAUGGCAGUUAAUAAAAUGAAUGGACAUUUUAAUAAUGAUGAUUAACUCUAUAUAACAAAGACUUCAGAAUUAACAUCUAUUUUAUUAAGAAAUCAUCAAUAAUCUAAUGAAUCAAUUAGUAUUUAAAAUGCACUUAGAAAUGUUAUUUAUGUAUUUAAUAAUUCUAUAUUAGGCAUAAUUAUAACUUAUAUAUAUGAAUGAUUUCGAAACCAUUUUAUUUGAAUCUGAAAACUUAUUAAAGAAUCUAUUUCAUACUCAAAAAGGAUUAAUUUAUGUUGUUAAUAAUAAUAGAUUACUUAGAGUAAAUGAAAAAAAGCUACUUGAAAUUUCAUAAUUGGGAGUAGGAAUAAUUGGAGAAGCUCAUAAAAAUAAAGAAUUUUUAUGCAUUUAAAAUGCUUAUAAUCAUAAAUAAUUUAACAGUCUAAGUUUGUAAUUAAUUAAUUGAUAUGUUUAGUUGAUA